AGUCGCCAACACAUGGGGUACUGUAUGUGACAGAGGCUGGGACUUGUCGGAGGCCACAGUAGUUUGCCGACAGCUGGGUUUUCCAAGUGCUCUUUCGGCUGUCAAGUGCUGUGAUAGUUACGGGUCUGGCAAUGGAACAGUCUGGAUGGAUAGUGUAAAGUGCAAUGGUACUGAGUCAUCACUUGCAGCAUGCAGGCAGAGUGGAUGGGGAUUUGCCAAUUGUAGCCACAAUAGUGACGCAGGUGUCCAGUGUUCCCCAAAAGUACGUUUGGUUGGCGGUUCAAGGCCUACAGAAGGUCGAGUUGAGAUAUUUCACCAAGGCGUCUGGGGCACAGUGUGUGACGACUAUUGGGACAUCAAUAACGCUCGCGUUGUGUGCACAAUGCUUGGGUACGGAGUCGUGUCUGCCGUCGGUCAAGCACGGUUUGGUCAGGGGUCUGGACAAAUAUGGAUGGACGAUGUUCGUUGCACUGGCACCGAAAAAGAUUUAGCGUCGUGUCGGUUUCGAGGAUGGGGGAAACAUAACUGCGGCCACAGCGAAGAUGCGGGGGUCAUAUGUGUUUAUUUGGUUCCUAGGUCACCUCCGCGAAACGUGCGCGUGUCCAACAUCACCACAAUAAGCUUUACGGUUCAAUGGGAUCCACCACCAGGAUCCAAUGGGCAUCUUCUUGGCUACCAAGUGUUUUACUCCAAAGUAAACUCCUCAGUAAUUCAAAGUAACAGAACAGGUCCAAACGAGCUUCAAAUUAGACUGAUCCAUUUGGAGCCGAAUACAGCUUACACAGUUCAAGUCGCAGCGGUCAACCAAGUAGGCCAGGGACCGAAGAGUGCUGCAGUUGCUGUGAAGACUAAAACAGCAAUUCUCGCCCGUCUGGUCGAUGGCCCGGUACCAUUUGCUGGCCGGGUAGAGCUGAACUUCAAGGGACGUGGCUGGGGUACAGUAUGUGAUGAUGGACAACAGUGGGGAAUGAACGAAGCCAAUGUUAUUUGCAAAUCUCUGGGAUACCCCGGCGCAGUAGCCUCCUCGUCCAGAGCCCGCUAUGGCCCAGGAAACGGCACUAUAUGGCUAUCAAAUGUCACAUGUACCGGUGCAGAAUCCUCUCUUCAGUCAUGCUCACAUAGCGGAUGGGGCACACCCUCCUGCGAUCACGCGACGGACGUUGGUGUGUCUUGCAUUCCUGUUUCGUCGCGAGUUCGGCUUGUGGGCGGUCGCAGUCCAGCGGAAGGACGGGUGGAGGUACAAGUCGCCAACACAUGGGGUACUGUAUGUGACAGUAGCUGGGACUUGACGGAGGCCACAGUAGUUUGCCGACAGCUGGGUUUUCCAAGUGCUCUUUCGGCUGUCAAGUGCUGUGGUAGUUACGGGUCUGGCAAUGGGACAGUCUGGAUGGAUAGUGUAAAGUGCAACGGUACUGAGCCAUCACUAGCAGCGUGCAGGCAGAGUGGAUGGGGAUUUGCCAAUUGUAGCCACAAUAGUGACGCAGGUGUCCAGUGUUCCCCAAAAGUACGUUUGGUUGGCGGUUCAAGGCCUACAGAAGGCCGAGUUGAGAUAUUUCACCAAGGCGUCUGGGGCUCAGUGUGUGACGACUAUUGGGACAUCAAUAACGCUCGCGUUGUGUGCACAAUGCUUGGGUACGGAGUCGUGUCUGCCGUCGGUCAAGCACGGUUUGGCCAGGGGUCUGGACAAAUAUGGAUGGACGAUGUUCGUUGCACUGGCACCGAAAAGGAUUUAGCGUCAUGUCGGUUUCGAGGAUGGGGGAAACAUAACUGCGGCCACAGCGAAGAUGCGGGGGUCAUAUGUGUUUAUUUGGUUCCUAGGUCACCUCCGCGAAACGUGCGCGUGUCCAACAUCACCACAAUAAGCUUUACGGUUCAAUGGGAUCCACCACCAGGAUCCAAUGGGCAUCUUCUUGGCUACCAAGUGUUUUACUCCAAAGUAAACUCCUCAGUAAUUCAAAGUAACAGAACAGGUCCAAACAAGCUUCAAAUUAGACUGAUCCAUUUGGAGCCGAAUACAGCUUACACAGUUCAAGUCGCAGCGGUCAACCAAGUAGGCCAGGGACCGAAGAGUGCUGCAGUUGCUGUGAAGACUAAAACAGCAAUUCUCGCCCGUCUGGUCGAUGGCCCGGUACCAUUUGCUGGCCGGGUAGAGCUGAACUUCAAGGGACGUGGCUGGGGUACAGUAUGUGAUGAUGGACAACAGUGGGGAAUGAACGAAGCCAAUGUUAUUUGCAAAUCUCUGGGAUACCCUGGCGCAGUAGCCUCCUCAUCCAGAGCCCGCUAUGGCCCAGGAAACGACACUAUAUGGCUAUCAAAUGUCACAUGUACCGGUGCAGAAUCCUCUCUUCAGUCAUGCUCACAUAGCGGAUGGGGCACACCCUCCUGCGAUCACGCGACGGACGUUGGUGUGUCUUGCAUUCCUGUUUCGUCGCGAGUUCGGCUUGUGGGCGGUCGCAGUCCAGCGGAAGGACGGGUGGAGGUACAAGUUGCCAACACAUGGGGUACUGUAUGUGACAGAGGCUGGGACUUGUCGGAGGCCACAGUAGUUUGCCGACAGCUGGGUUUUCCAAGUGCUCUUUCGGUUGUCAAGUGCUGUGAUAGUUACGGGUCUGGCAAUGGAACAGUCUGGAUGGAUAGUGUAAAGUGCAACGGUACUGAGUCAUCACUAGCAGCGUGCCGGCAGAGUGGAUGGGGAUUUGCCAAUUGUAGCCACAAUAGUGACGCAGGUGUCCAGUGUUCCCCAAAAGUACGUUUGGUUGGCGGUUCAAGGCCUACAGAAGGCCGAGUUGAGAUAUUUCACCAAGGCGUCUGGGGCACAGUGUGUGACGACGAUUGGGACAUCAAUGACGCUCGCGUUGUGUGCACAAUGCUUGGGUACGGAGUCAAGUCUGCCGUCGGUCAAGCACGGUUUGGUCAGGGGUCUGGACAAAUAUGGAUGGACGAUGUUCGUUGCACUGGCACCGAAAAGGAUUUAGCGUCAUGUCGGUUUCGAGGAUGGGGGAAACAUAACUGCGGCCACAGCGAAGAUGCGGGGGUCAUAUGUGUUUAUUUGGUUCCUAGGUCACCUCCGCGAAACGUGCGCGUGUCCAACAUCACCACAAUAAGCUUUACGGUUCAAUGGGAUCCACCACCAGGAUCCAAUGGACAUCUUCUUGGCUACCAAGUGUUUUACUCCAAAGUAAACUCCUCAGUAAUUCAAAGUAACAGAACAGGUCCAAACGAGCUUCAAAUUAGACUGAUCCAUUUGGAGCCGAAUACAGCUUACACAGUUCAAGUCGCAGCGGUCAACCAAGUAGGCCAGGGACCGAAGAGUGCUGCAGUUGCUGUGAAGACUAAAACAGCAAUUCUCGCCCGUCUGGUCGAUGGCCCGGUACCAUUUGCUGGCCGGGUAGAGCUGAACUUCAAGGGACGUGGCUGGGGUACAGUAUGUGAUGAUGGACAACAGUGGGGAAUGAACGAAGCCAAUGUUAUUUGCAAAUCUCUGGGAUACCCUGGCGCAGUAGCCUCCUCAUCCAGAGCCCGCUAUGGCCCAGGAAACGGCACUAUAUGGCUAUCAAAUGUCACAUGUACCGGUGCAGAAUCCUCUCUUCAGUCAUGCUCACAUAGCGGAUGGGGCACACCCUCCUGCGAUCACGCGACGGACGUUGGUGUGUCUUGCAUUCCUGUUUCGUCGCGAGUUCGGCUUGUGGGCGGUCGCAGUCCAGCGGAAGGACGGGUGGAGGUACAAGUUGCCAACACAUGGGGUACUGUAUGUGACAGAGGCUGGGACUUGUCGGAGGCCACAGUAGUUUGCCGACAGCUGGGUUUUCCAAGUGCUCUUUCGGUUGUCAAGUGCUGUGGUAGUUACGGGUCUGGCAAUGGAACAGUCUGGAUGGAUAGUAUAAAGUGCAACGGUACUGAGUCAUCACUAGCAGCGUGCCGGCAGAGUGGAUGGGGAUUUGCCAAUUGUAGCCACAAUAGUGAUGCAGGUGUCCAGUGUUCCCCAAAAGUACGUUUGGUUGGCGGUUCAAGGCCUACAGAAGGCCGAGUUGAGAUAUUUCACCAAGGCGUCUGGGGCACAGUGUGUGACGACGAUUGGGACAUCAAUGACGCUCGCGUUGUGUGCACAAUGCUUGGGUACGGAGUCAUGUCUGCCGUCGGUCAAGCACGGUUUGGUCAGGGGUCUGGACAAAUAUGGAUGGACGAUGUUCGCUGCACUGGCACCGAAAACGAUUUAGCGUCGUGUCGGUUUCUAGGAUGGGGAAAACAUAACUGCGGCCACAGCGAAGAUGCGGGGGUCAUAUGUGUUUAUUUGGUUCCUAGGUCACCUCCGCGAAACGUGCGCGUGUCCAACAUCACCACAAUAAGCUUUACGGUUCAAUGGGAUCCACCACCAGGAUCCAAUGGGCAUCUUCUUGGCUACCAAGUGUUUUACUCCAAAGUAAACUCCUCAGUAAUUCAAAGUAACAGAACAGGUCCAAACGAGCUUCAAAUUAGACUGAUCCAUUUGGAGCCGAAUACAGCUUACACAGUUCAAGUCGCAGCGGUCAACCAAGUAGGCCAGGGACCGAAGAGUGCUGCAGUUGCUGUGAAGACUAAAACAGCAAUUCUCGCCCGUCUGGUCGAUGGCCCGGUACCAUUUGCUGGCCGGGUAGAGCUGAACUUCAAGGGACGUGGCUGGGGUACAGUAUGUGAUGAUGGACAACAGUGGGGAAUGAACGAAGCCAAUGUUAUUUGCAAAUCUCUGGGAUACCCUGGCGCAGUAGCCUCCUCAUCCAGAGCCCGCUAUGGCCCAGGAAACGGCACUAUAUGGCUAUCAAAUGUCACAUGUACCGGUGCAGAAUCCUCUCUUCAGUCAUGCUCACAUAGCGGAUGGGGCACACCCUCCUGCGAUCACGCGACGGACGUUGGUGUGUCUUGCAUUCCUGUUUCGUCGCGAGUUCGGCUUGUGGGCGGUCGCAGUCCAGCGGAAGGACGGGUGGAGGUACAAGUUGCCAACACAUGGGGUACUGUAUGUGACAGAGGCUGGGACUUGUCGGAGGCCACAGUAGUUUGCCGACAGCUGGGUUUUCCAAGUGCUCUUUCGGUUGUCAAGUGCUGUGGUAGUUACGGGUCUGGCAAUGGAACAGUCUGGAUGGAUAGUAUAAAGUGCAACGGUACUGAGUCAUCACUAGCAGCGUGCCGGCAGAGUGGAUGGAGAUUUGCCAAUUGUAGCCACAAUAGUGAUGCAGGUGUCCAGUGUUCCCCAAAAGUACGUUUGGUUGGCGGUUCAAGGCCUACAGAAGGCCGAGUUGAGAUAUUUCACCAAGGCGUCUGGGGCACAGUGUGUGACGACGAUUGGGACAUCAAUGACGCUCGCGUUGUGUGCACAAUGCUUGGGUACGGAGUCAUGUCUGCCGUCGGUCAAGCACGGUUUGGUCAGGGGUCUGGACAAAUAUGGAUGGACGAUGUUCGCUGCACUGGCACCGAAAACGAUUUAGCGUCGUGUCGGUUUCUAGGAUGGGGAAAACAUAACUGCGGCCACAGCGAAGAUGCGGGGGUCAUAUGUGUUUAUUUGGUUCCUAGGUCACCUCCGCGAAACGUGCGCGUGUCCAACAUCACCACAAUAAGCUUUACGGUUCAAUGGGAUCCACCACCAGGAUCCAAUGGGCAUCUUCUUGGCUACCAAGUGUUUUACUCCAAAGUAAACUCCUCAGUAAUUCAAAGUAACAGAACAGGUCCAAACAAGCUUCAAAUUAGACUGAUCCAUUUGGAGCCGAAUACAGCUUACACAGUUCAAGUCGCAGCGGUCAACCAAGUAGGCCAGGGACCGAAGAGUGCUGCAGUUGCUGUGAAGACUAAAACAGCAAUUCUCGCCCGUCUGGUCGAUGGCCUGGUACCAUUUGCUGGCCGGGUAGAGCUGAACUUCAAGGAACGUGGCUGGGGUACAGUGUGUGAUGAUGGACAACAGUGGGGAAUGAACGAAGCCAAUGUUAUUUGCAAAUCUCUGGGAUACCCCGGCGCAGUAGCCUCCUCGUCCAGAGCCCGUUAUGGCCCAGGAAACGGCACUAUAUGGCUAUCAAAUGUCACAUGUACCGGUGCAGAAUCCUCUCUUCAGUCAUGCUCACAUAGCGGAUGGGGCACACCCUCCUGCGAUCACGCGACGGACGUUGGUGUGUCUUGCAUUCCUGUUUCGUCGCGAGGUAGGAGGACUUUAUAUGUCUCGUCAUUAUCUUGCUUAAGUGCUGAAUUUACUUUGGCAAAAAGCAUAAGUCCAGCGGAAGGACGGGUGGAGGUACAAGUCGCCAACACAUGGGGUGCUGUAUGUGACAGAGGGUGGGACUUGUCGGAGGCCACAGUAGUUUGCCGACAGCUGGGUUUUCCAAGUGCUCUUUCGGUUGUCAAGUGCUGUGAUAGUUACGGGUCUGGCAAUGGAACAGUCUGGAUGGAUAGUGUAAAGUGCAACGGUACUGAGUCAUCACUAGCAGCGUGCCGGCAGAGUGGAUGGGGAUUUGCCAAUUGUAGCCAUAAUAGUGACGCAGGUGUCCAGUGUUCCCCAAAAGUACGUUUGGUUGGCGGUUCAAGGCCUACAGAAGGCCGAGUUGAAAUAUUUCACCAAGGCGUCUGGGGCACAGUGUGUGACGACUAUUGGGACAUCAAUAACGCUCGCGUUGUGUGCACAAUGCUUGGGUACGGAGUCGUGUCUGCCGUCGGUCAAGCACGGUUUGGCCAGGGGUCUGGACAAAUAUGGAUGGACGAUGUUCAUUGCACUGGCACCGAAAAGGAUUUAGCGUCAUGUCGGUUUCGAGGAUGGGGGAAACAUAACUGCGGCCACAGCGAAGAUGCGGGGGUCAUAUGUGUUUAUUUGGUUCCUAGAUCACCUCCACAAAACGUGCGCGUCUCUCACGUCACCAUGACAAGCAUUACAGUGAUAUGGGAUGAACCUCUUGGCUCUAGCGGAGAACUUCUUACCUACCGAGUAUUUUACUCCAAAGUAAACUCUUCAUCCACGCUCACUAAUGGUACCAUCCCGGGCGCACGCCUUAUGAUGUUAAGCGGUUUGGACGGAAACACAGCAUAUGAAAUCCAAGUAGCGGGGGUCAAUCAAGCAGGCCAGGGCCCGAAGAGUGAGCCACUUUUUGUGAGGACAAACGAAGGAAUUCCCUUGGUCGCGCCCGCGGUCACGGUUGUGAAUCAAAGUUCCAGCAGUCUCUUGGUGUCGUGGCAUGCGCUGCCUUCGUCACUAGUGCCUGGUGUUCUUCGUGGCUUUCAUAUCUGGUACAAACCAUCCAACUACUCCUCUGGAGCCAGCAUGACCGUACGGCCUGACGCAUUGCAAUGCGUGCUGCGGGGACUUCUGAAGUACACGCCUUAUGAAGUGCAGGUAGCUGCAUUCACGAGAAUCGGAGAUGGACCAAAAAGUCAUCCCAUUGUUCGAUACACAGCAGAAGACGUUCCAACUACUGCCCCGCCCAAUGUGCGCAUCUUGAACAAGACUUCAUCGAGUAUUGACCUCAGAUGGGAUGCGAUUCCUAUCAAGAGUGUACAUGGCGUAUUGUUAGGCUACAAAGUGUCUUAUGGAUUAGUGAAUCAUAGUCUUCAAAUAAACGUGACCAGAACAGGACCAAGAACGCUACGUCUCACCCUCGCUGGAUUGUUGAAACACUCUUCAUACUGGAUUACGGUGUCGGGAUUUACCAGUGUUGGUGAAGGUCCAGGAAGUAUUCGGCUUUAUGCCAAUACUGAACAGGAUGUCCCCAGUGCUCCCCCGCCAAACGUGCGUGGUGUCAACGGAAGUUCCACGAGCAUCCGUGUGAGCUGGGACCAGGUGCCGCCGAGCCUUGUGCAUGGUACGCUGUUGGGUUACUCUGUCUCUUUUGCGAAGAGAGGAAACGGGACCUUGCGAACUGUGCAAACUGCGCCUGCCAAACUUGAAGCACUGCUGACUGGUUUACAGGCGUAUUCAAUGUACGAGAUUCAAGUGUGCGCGUUCACCGCCAAAGGGUUUGGGCCCAAGAGUAGAGUGAUCUCCGUCAUAACCGAUGAAGACGUUCCCUUAGCCGCACCCGCGGUCACGGUUGUGAAUCAAAGUUCCAGCAGUCUCUUGGUGUCGUGGCAUGCGCUGCCUUCGUCACUAGUGCCUGGUGUUCUUCGUGGCUUUCAUAUCUGGUACAAACCAUCCAACUACUCCUCUGGAGCCAGCAUGACCGUACGGCCUGACGCAUUGCAAUGCGUGCUGCGGGGACUUCUAAAGUACACGCCUUAUGAAGUGCAGGUAGCUGCAUUCACGAGAAUCGGAGAUGGACCAAAAAGUCAUCCCAUGGUUCGAUACACAGCAGAAGACGUUCCAACUACUGCCCCGCCCAAUGUGCGCAUCUUGAACAAGACUUCAUCGAGUAUUGACCUCAGAUGGGAUGCGAUUCCUAUCAAGAGUGUACAUGGCGUAUUGUUAGGCUACAAAGUGUCUUAUGGAUUAGUGAAUCAUAGUCUUCAAAUAAACGUGACCAGAACAGGACCAAGCACA